AUGCGUUCUGAUCCAGGCUGCUGGACGUGUCGUGUUCGGCAUAAGAAGUGCGAUUUGAAGAAACCCGCUUGCAAAGAAUGCAGCGACCGACAUGUUCACUGCCAUGGGUACGGGCCCAAGCCAGCAUGGAUGGACGGCGCAUCGGAAGAACGAAAGGAACGAUCGCGAAUCAAGGUCGCGGUGAAAGAGAAUUUUCGGCAUGUCAAGAGGAUGCAGCAGCGAGCUCUUCGGAGACAUAGGGAACAGUCUCGAAUAUCUGAAUCCCCGGCAUAUUCGCCACCUUUAGCUGAGGAAGAUGUUUCCGACACGCAGCUUGCUCGAGCUGAUAGCAAUGGUGGCGUUGACUACCAAGAGGCCUGUCUAUUAAUGCACUAUCUCGACCAGGUCUUCCCAUGGCAAUUCCCGUAUCAUAAUUCUCGGUCUUGUCUAGGAAACCGAGGCUGGCUCUUCUUUCUUCUAAGUAAACGUGGACCACUCUACCACGCCGCCCUAAGCCUUUCUUCCUUCCAUCAGAGCGCGAUUCUCGGCACCGACGAGGAAUUUCAGCAGAAACAGAAAGCACUAGAUCACCAUUCAAGAGCUCUGCGAGAGCUCUGUGGUCUUAUGAGUGAAAAGGGGGAUCAAUUGUGCGAUGAUUAUUCUCAAUUGGCAGAAUUCUUGGCGUGUAGUUAUAUGUUGAUUAGUUUUGAGGUCUUCAGCGGUGCAGAACAUGACUGGCUUCCACAUCUAGACGCUGUUGCUUCUGUUAUGAGUCUGUUGUCGCCCGAGGCUAUCUUAGCUCCGCGGUCUUACAACCACAACAAUGAUAUGGAAAAUGGAAUUUACGAGAGCCUCGAGUUUCUCAUGGUCUCUGUGACAUGGUUUGAUCUCUUUGCCUGUCUUUCAACAGGCAGUGUACCGCGACUUCCUUAUAAACGCUGGCUGCAAUCUCCGGGAUUCAACACAGCAGAUCUCAUGGGCUGUCACAACUGGGUUAUGAUAGCAAUUGGCGACCUAUCCCACUUCGGGGCAUGGAAAGGCUGGCAGGAGAGAGAUGGUCUGUUAAGUAUACGAGAGCUCGCAAGUAAAGCUCAAGAGAUAGAAAGACGAUUGGAGAGUGGCCUUGAGAGCCUGGAUCUGGAAAGAGGGGGAUAUACGAACGUAGAGUCUCUACCGAAUUGGGUCUCUCGCCUAUUCGCGCUUGCUGCUUUGGUACUACUUCACACCAUCGUUUCCGGUCCGCUACCAGCACUUCCAGAGAUACGCAGCGCUGUAGCUAGAAGCAUCGUCGCUCUUCAGAAUAGGCCCAAGGCGUAUUCUCUCACAGGCUCGGUGUGGGCAUUAUGUGUAAUAGGAUGCAUGGCUGAGCAGCACCAGCCGUUCUUCGAGAGUUUAAUGGUGGAGCUGGUGCGGGAGUGUGGGAGGUUUGGGAAUACUGCGACGGUCUUGAAAAUUAUGAGGAAGUGUUGGGCGAUGCAGAAAAUUGGUCCUGCGGAUUGUCGGGUUACGAUGGGUGAAAUGGGAGUUUAUGCUAUUUUGGUAUGA